GCUUGCAUUGGAAUAAAGUGAAUAUAAGGGAAUGAAAGAAAAGGCAGGUGCUGGAAACAUGUAUAUAAAAUAAACGUAAAUUUGAUACAGAUCGCAGAAAUUAACCUCACCAUCACUUGUUAAUUUACGAGGGAAAAAACGCUUGCAUUUCUCCUGAAGAAACGUUGACGUAAAUGUAAUUGAAAGAUAUUAAGACCAUCAUUAAUUUUGUUCGAUUAAUUUCAGUCAAUUGCUACUGAAAUAUAAACUGUUAGUUGCAGGUAUCAAAACGAAUGUUUCCUUGCGUACUGGGUUCUACAAUUGAUGACGCUUGAAGCCGCAAAAUUUAUUGAUAACUCUAACAUUGAAAUUCAUUCGACAUAUCAUAUUUUAUUUUUGAUAAUAGAUUUUAUCCGCGAUUGUUUACGUUUGGAUGUCGUUGAUAACAGAUAAUUAGAAUAACAAAUUGAUUAAAAGGUAUCGCGAAAAAUACAUGGGUUUCUAAAAAGGCUCAAUUGGGGAAUAAAAACAUAGUUCCUGUUUAGCAUAACUGUACAAAAAAAAAAUUAACACCGCAAAAACAAAUUUUUUAUUUUAUUUUUGUUUGAAUUAUAAAAUAAAUGUCAGGCCCAUAAAAUUAUCUUGUAUAUAUAACUCACACGUACAUUUUUUGAGAUUUUUUUCACUGAAAAGCAGACAGAGAGGCAAACGGAGCUAUACACCGAUCAUUUCAGCGUCUUUUCGGCAAUACCUCACCUUCCUGUAACUUUGAUUUUGUUCAGUGCAGCUUUUCGAGACAAGCUUGUACUGUAUUUGGAUACAUAAUGUACGGAUUAGUGUUAGAGAGUGUUGCCGACUGCGUUCGAGAAAAGUGGGGUGACACUGUUUGGCUGACAGUUGUGGACCAGGCCGACAUUGGAUGGGGAGGAUUUAUGAUACACAAUGUCUACAGCGAAGUUCACAUUGAAAGGGUGGCAAAAACGUUAUCAAAAAUUAUAUUCUUGAGCGAAAACGAUAUAAUGUUCAAGUUUGGCGCACACUUCAUGACCUUCGUCGCUGGGUACGGAUAUGAUCAAGUAACUAAAGUACUAGGAAGAAAAUUGUGUGAUUUUAUCAAUGGACUCGAUAAUCUUCAUGAUUACAUUAGUAACUUAUACAAGGAAAUAAAACCACCAAGCUUCUACGUUGAGAAAGAAGAUGACGAAGGGCUAAUUUUCCACUAUCAUACUCCACGAAAAUAUCCUGCCUUUGUUCAUUAUGUUCGUGGUAUGAUCACAAGUGCUGCAAUAACGUAUUAUGAGAUGGCUAACUUUUCAGUUACAGUAGUGAAAGAAGAGCUUCUGGAGGGUGGGAUGCACGCAAUAUACAGAGUUACGUACGCCAACAACACUCUUGGAAUCCAGGGGCCAUGGAUGCCAGUACUUCGAAAACUGAGACAAGAAACUCCACUCACGGUUAACAGUGACGUUGUUUUCAAUUCGUUUCCGUUCUCUAUUAUUUUUAGUGAGAGUAUGGAAGUACUAAGUUGUGGAGCAGGAGUUGUGAAAUCGUUUCCGACGUUAGUGGGAAAGAAAAUAACCGAUUUUUUUGUGCUUACCAAGCCAUUUGGUAUCUCUUUCAACUGGGAUUUUAUGAGACAUCGACCAGUGAAUGUUCUUGUUGAAAUGACUUCAACCGUUGCUUUAUGGGCGGAAUACGAAGAAUAUUUGAGAUCCCAAGAAAUUUUGGACCCAGCGAAUGCACCACCACCACCAAAUAGAAACGACUCCCCUCCACUGAAACUGCGAGGUACAACUGCUUAUCUUAAGAGUUGGAACUCUGUCAUAUUCAUGUGUACACCCGUAUUUGAAAGUUUGGAAACGAUGAAUGAUAUAGGACUUUACAUCAGCGAUCUGAGUUUUCAAGAUUCUGUUCAAGUGUUGCUUGCUGCUGGACCACAACAAAACGCCGAGUUGAAGAUUGCUCUAGAUAUGGAACAAGCAAAGAACUCUAAAUUAGAAGAGACGCUUGGGGAAUUGGACAACGAAAACAAAAAGACGGACGCCCUGCUGUUUUCAAUGAUACCACGCGAAAUUGCUGAACGAUUAAAAAAGGGAGAAAGUCCGAUCAACAUUGCUGAGACUUUUCCUGAAGUCACGGUACUAUUCAGUGAUGUUGUCGGAUUCACCAAUAUUUGUAGUCGGAUAACUCCAAUGGAAGUUGUUGCAAUUCUCAACCAGAUCUAUACUGUGUUUGACAUAUUGAGCGAGAGGUAUGACGUGUUCAAGGUUGAGACAAUUGGCGACGGUUAUAUGGCUGUAUCUGGAGCCCCAGUAAGAACGAAAAUGCAUGCACAGCAUAUUUGUGACAUGGCACUGGAAAUGCAAGCCGGCAUUCGUCAUCUGAAAGAUCCGUGGACCGGUGCUUCAAUACGCAUAAGAAUAGGUAUUCAUUCAGGUGGAGUUGUUGCUGGUGUUGUUGGACAGAAGAUGAUUCGAUAUUGCUUGUUCGGAGACACCGUAAAUACCGCAUCGCGAAUGGAGAGUUGUGGGGAAGGGUGUGAGAUACACAUUAGCAAAACGGUUCGAGACAGGCUGAUGGUUACAGGAUCCUACAAAAUUGAAGAUCGAGGAAUGAUAUACAUAAAGGGAAAAGGACAGAUGCGAACUUACUGGCUGAAAGGAAGAGACAUAAUUAAACGAAGCAACACUACUGCGCUUGGCUUCGCGGAAAGUCUGGUUUCUCAAACAACGGGGGUGAGCCCUAGUGAUCAGAAGAAAGCACUGAAGAUUCUUCAUCCUGUUUUGGACAUAUCCCCAGUUUUGGAUGUUCCAGUAUUUCCUAAAUCCGUUCCACAGGAGGACGUGGAAACUACCCAACAUUUCCCUGCAAUGAUUUCUAAAAAGAAUACUUCAUUUGAAACUCCAACACCUAUAAACGAUAGAUGUAUUUAUGACUCCGAGAAUUCAAUGAGUUUCAGACAAGCGUUGAAAGAAAUUGUAGACAUACAAACGAAAGAAAUGGUUGCUUAUCAAGAAUGUCACUCUGUCGCUCUCAGCCCGAACCAACCACGCAAGAGUAAACCGAGAGACAAAACUCACAUGCUCAGUUCCAUGAGAAAUUCUUCGAGACAAUCGGAUAUAGUGAAAGAAAGCGAAGAAGAAAAACAAGCUUAUACCUAUCCUGAGGAAAUUGACAUUACAACUAAGGGACACGUUGAGACAAGUGCCAUCAAGUUGUCAACGCAUUCAGGAGAGCGAAAAAUUUUUGUGGACGAUGCGGUCAAUGUUCGUGCUUCUCCCAUCCCGCCGGUAGCCGAUGAUAUUUCUCCAAACCACUUUGUUCCGGAGUCUUCUUCUGUUAUUGCACCACCAUGCCCGACACAAUUUGCUAAUAGCGCCAUUGACAUUCUCGCAUCAAGAGUUCGUGUUGAAACCCAACACAGAAGAUCUAAGAAAUCUUUUGGAAAGGAGUACAAGGAAGUAUACCCAAAAAAAGAAGGGAAUAAAAAUAGCUCACAUGGAUACACGACAACAAAAGAAAUCGUCGACGUGCAUAUGUCAGUCCCCCCCAAUGAUGGCGAUAAGCGUAACAUUGAGGCUUCUGAACUUGGAAAAACGAGAAAGACUAUCCGCGCUUUGAACGUUUUGGCUUCUAAAAAAUCAUGCUUGGAAAGAAAAAUAGAUUCCAAUGGACAUCAAAUGGCACCGAAUGGACGAGCUCAGCCAAUUCUUGUCAGCAGUACAAAGCAAACCUCUUCUGUGUCUCAACGACGAGGAAAUCGUACGGAGCUCUACUCAAAAUACAGAAAUCUACCUCCAUUAGAUGACGGAAGCAUGGUAAAUCGUCGUUCACCAAAAGAGAUGAUCAAUAUUGAGCAUGCAUUACCAACCCAAAGCAGUAAAAUCGUUCUGCCUCCAAUAGAACAAAAGUUCGCCUAUGAACCUGCUGCAUUGCAACUUAGAGAAAACAUCACGGAAACGCGUUCGGAUGAUGAGUCUCAACGAUCUGAAAUGUGUACCAUCUGCUAAAUAACAUAGCUCACGAUUCAACGGAGAAUUCUCGUAUAUUAUAUUCAUAUAUAUGUUGUAACUAUUCUCUAUGUAGUUACGAACGGGGACGUGUUUUCUUUAUAUUUUAUUUGUGUAUUUUAGUCCUCACCCGUCCUUCAACUAUAUUGGAUUAGAACCUUAACACGUAAUUCUCUAAAAUUAAUUAAUAAAAAGACAGAAUCCCGACUACCUAAACAAGUGUAAGCUAAUGUCAAGAAGUAUUGCUCGUUUUUGUAAUGGCACAUGCAAGACAAAGGCACGCCCGGGUUUUAAACUGAUAUCUCGUGCAGCCAAAAUAAUAUAUUCGCUUCAUAACCUGAAAUAUAUAUUUGGCGGAAAUAGCUCAUGCUCUUCUUCAUAGUUUGCUUCUAUUUCAAGACAGAUUUCAUCAUAUGUAGAAAUAUCUCAUAAUUUUUUAAUUUCUGGAGAAGCAUAUUUUUUAAACAACAAAGUCCUUUGGUAUUUUUACGUGCGUAGUAAUUAGUUGUUUAGUGAAACCUCAUUUGUCUCGUUGCUAAUUUUCUCAAGAUCUCCGUAAAAUUAUCUUCCAGGUUCAUUAAGUCUAACUAAUAAACUAAUAUUACAUUGGGUAUUGUAAAUAAAUAAUAGAGACAUGGGAUGUUAUUGAUUUAUACAAUUGAUUGAUAAAAUACACUUCCGGUGUUUUGAAAUUGAAGCUAUAUUCUGUGUAACUAUUUUAUUUUGGUUUUGUCGUUAUAUAUACUUUGUUGUAAUUUUUUUUAUUCAUAGUUAAUUUACGGAAAUUAUGAUCAAAUAUGGACUAGAUAAAAGCAAUCACAAUAAAAAUAAGAUAAAAGCAAGUGAUAAAAAACAUAUGUAUAUAUUUGAAUAGUGGAAAUUUAUAAAAUAAAUAUAUAUUUUUAACAAAUAUUUUAAAAGGGAUUGAAUUGACUAAUUUGCAUGAAACAUAGCCCAUUAAAUAUAUUUUAAUAUUCUGUACGUAUUGUAUUUCACUUAUUGUUAGAUCUUUUUGCUCAUUCUGCGUUCGUUACUUGAGUGGUCACCGAACCUGAUCUAUAGUAUAUAUCUUUGAAUAAAUACACAUAAAAAGUUUGCGUCGACUACAUUAGUAAAGCAGUGAAUCUAUAUUUAAUUUAUAUAUAUUAUUAACGUGCUACUAAGUUCACUUUAUAAGAUUUGGAGCGGAACCCUAUAACUUAGUUCAUUGUUAUAUUUAGCAAUUUAAAUGUUUCACAGUGUUCUAUGUUAUAUAUAAUUAUUGUUUGUAAAAUACAUUUAAGUUUUAACGUC